AUGCCCCUGCUGCAGAACCUCAAGCAGCUGCCAGCCAGAUGGGCAACACACACCAGGAAACAGCACAGAACCACCACCACCACCACCCAGACAGCACCACCCCCACCCCAGCCACCCCCUGAACAACCACCACAGCAGCAGCAGCAGCAACCACCUCCAGCAGAAGACGAACAGCCAGCCAAGCCAGAACACGAGCCCAGCCCACUCCCCCCCGAACUCACCAUCGCCAUCAUCCACAACGCACACGACCACCAGGACAUCCAGGCAACCAUCCAGCACAGACUGGCCACCACCGGAUUCAAACUCAUACACGCCAUCCAGAUACACUGUCCACCCGCACCCCCCAGCAGGGCCCUCCAGCCGGGAACGAACACCAUCUACCUGCUCUCCCGCUCACGCGCCAUCCAGGCAUGCAACGACCUCCUCGGCCCACCCAGCCUGCCCCCGAGACCAGGCUCACUCCGAUUCAUCUUCGGCGAACACACCCUCUGGGCACCCGACCGCACCGAGACCGUCUACGAACUCAUCCAGCACUCAGCCAAACGGGUCUUCAAAUUCAGCAGAGCCUGUCCGCCUUCCAUGGCAACCGAACCAGCCCAAGCCAGCAAACAACAUCCUCAACCGUCGCGGGGGGAUGACGAACCCUCAGAAGUGAUCGGACUAACUCAGCCCGCACAGGAACACGCCUCCAUCAAACAGCCUCUCAUCCGCAUCCCACACAAGACCAGCUUAUCAACCCCAACCCACUCCCUCGCUGUCCAGCAGGAACCCACUGCAACCUCAUUCACCCCUGCUGCUGCUUCCCAACACAACACCACCACCACCACCACCACCACCACCACUCUCCAGCCUCCCCCCGUCGACUCUUCCUCCUGUCACUCCUCCCUAUCCUCCACCCUCGCCUCCUCAUCCCAAGGCUCGUCUCCGAUGUCCAACAGACGCACCUCCAGCGACCACUCCCUGCCCCAAUCGGUCUCCGACUCCGCCCGCUCGUCCAAGACCGAGUCGCCCGGGAUGAUCAAGACCCACGAGCCGAGCGGGUACGUGUUCCGGGCCCGGCCGAUCCCCGCUGCGGUCACCGAGCCGAUCGUCACCCCGAAGAUGUCCAAGGCCGCCAUGCUGCGUCUCGGCCUGGCAUGGACCCCGCCGGCGCGUCCGGUGCCCGCCUCGCAGGGCUCGACCACCAGCACCACCCGGACCACCCUCGCCCCCGUCGCGAGCCUCAACCCGCCCGCGGUCCUGCCCCGGCCCACCAAGGCCUCCACCCUCCGCACGAACCCCUCCACCGAGCCCCCCGCCAGCCCCCAGCAGAGCGCACCCAGACUCAAGAAAACCCAGUCCCAGAUCUUUGAAAAUACCCCCGGCCACGGCUUCAGGCGGGCGAACCUCCAGACCAACAUCGCCUCCAUCGCCGCCCCGAAGACCCAGCCCCGGCCGACCAAAGCCUCCGCCCUCAGAACCGGGCCCUCCACCGGCUCCUCGCCUCCCAUCUCCACCACGCCAGCCAACGGAAAGAUCCCCAGCCACGCCGUCCGCCAAUCCGUCGAUUAUUUCCAGGGCGUCCCCGGCCAUAAACGGCUCGAGAAGAUCCAGGUCGACGCCACCCGGCGCCCGGAGAUCGAGCCCCGGAUGACCAAGGCCAGCAUGCUGCGCAUCGCCGGCGGCGCCGCGCCUCCCUCCUCCGCCACAAGGCCCCCGCCCGGCUCGCCGGCAUUCAGGCCCCCGCCCUCCAAGGCUGGCGCCCAGAAACUCAGCCUCGACCUCGCUGCGUCGCCGCCACCUGCUGCGCCCGUCUCCGCACCCUCCGCGGCCCAGCACCCGGCGCUCCCCAUCGAUCUCUCACCUCCUCCACCCGCACCCGCGGCGCCGUUGGCUGCUAACCCGCGCUUCGGGAGCGUGCUCAUCCGCAGCAAACCCACCUGA